GGGAGCGGAAGCUGCCGCGCUCGAAGUUGAAGGGAAGGACGGUCACUAUGGAAACGGGGCCUAGUGCCUCUCUCUGCAGCCUGGAUCCUGGGCCUGUAGGCCUCACCCGUUCGUGGCCCGAAUGCGAGCGAUUUCCGCCGCCUUUGCCGCGCUCGGAGCCCUAAGGAAUUGGCAGUUCUCUUAUCAUGCCUCCUGGGAAGCCAGGGAAUAGAGACUCCUUGGUUCUGCAGUGUGAAUGGGCGAUGUGCAGCUUUGUGGCGUCACAGAUGGAAGAGUUCUGUGAACAUGUGUCCAAGCACUUGAAGCAGCACCUUCAUGGUGAAGACGAGGAAGAUGACAUGGAUUCACUUGAAGAAUACUCUUGCCUUUGGCAGGAAUGUGGGUUCUGCUCUCCAGAAAAUCCUGCGGAGCUGGUCCGCCAUGUUUACUUCCACUGUUACCACACUAAAUUGAAGCAGUGGGGCCUGCAAGCCUUGCAGAGCCAGUCAGACCUGACCCCCUGCCAGCUGGACUUCCAGAGCCGGAACAUCAUCCCUGAAAUUCAGGAGAACUUCCUCUGCCUAUGGGAAUAUUGUGAGCGAGCGUUCGAUAACCCUGAGUGGUUCUACCGGCAUGUAGAGGACCACAGUUUCUGCACAGAGUACAAGGCCAUCGGAAAAGAAAAUCACAUGGUCUUCUGUGGCUGGAAAGACUGCGACUGCACCUUCAAGGGCCGGUGCAAGCUGCGUGAGCAUCUGCGCAGCCAUACACAGGAGAAGGUGGUGGCUUGUCCUACCUGCGGUGGGAUGUUCUCCAACAACACCAAGUUCUUUGACCACCUCCGCCGACAGACGGCUUUGGAACAACAGCGUUUCCAGUGUUCCCACUGUUCUAAGAGGUUCGCCACAGAGAGGUUGUUGCGGGAUCACAUGAGGAACCAUGUCAACCACUACAAGUGUCCAUUGUGUGACAUGACCUGCCCUCUGCCCUCCUCCUUGCGCAACCACAUCCGCUUCCGGCACAGUGAGGAGCGGCCCUUCAAGUGCAGUUACUGCGACCACAGCUGUAAGAAUCUCAUUGAUUUACGGAAACACUUGGAUACGCACAACAAAGACCCCACUUACCGCUGCGAGUUUGAGUCCUGCAGCUUCAGCGCCCGGUCCCUCUGCUCCAUCAAGCUGCACUACAAGAAGGUCCAUGAGGGUGACUCUGAGCCCCGCUACAAAUGUCACAUCUGCGGCAAAUGCUUCACCCGCGGGAACAACCUUACGGUGCAUCUGAGGAAAAAGCAUCAGUUCAAAUGGCCUUCGGGACACCCUCGUUUCAGGUACAAGGAGCAUGACGAUGGCUACAUGCGUCUUCAGCUGGUGCGCUACGAAAGUGUAGAGCUGACGGAGCAGCUGCUGAAGGACCGGGAGAAGCAAGGGGAGAUGCUGGAGGAGGAGGCUGCUCAGUGCAUGGUGCUGGCGGGGGCUGAGGGCAGCCUGCAGGGCAUCAUCCUCGAACCGUCAUUGGCAGAAGAGGAGGCCGGGGUGGAGGACUUGUGCAUGGCCAUGCCCCCGCAACAAGAUGGUGGCGGCAAUGCCUCCUCCCCAGAUCGUGAGCACAAAGCGCCACCGAGUCCCAUCAUCCGUGUGGUGAGCCGUACCAACGAACGCGGGGAGAGUGAAACCGUCUACUACGUCUUAGCCAACGCUUCCUCUGAGAACCGAACAGAAGGGCCAACCCCGGGAUCGGCCCCUGAGCCAGAAGAGAACGUGAUGGACAGACUCCAGAAGACAGCAGAGGAGCUGGGCAUUCAGAUCGUAUGAGGCUCUUCUCGGGCCACUUGCUCCUUGUUCUUUUGCUUCCUUGUUUUCCCAGUUACUGGUGCUAUCUAGGAAAGAGGAAGGGGCUUUGCUUUUGCAAGACAGCACUCUGUGGGCCCCAAGCUCCACAUAAGGUUUCCUUCCCUGUCUCUGUUUACACCCUUUAAUGCAGGCAUGGGCAAACAGUUGGUGGGCUGUUAGGAAUUGUGAGAGUCGAAAUCCAAAACCCCUGGAGGGUUGAAGUUUUCCCAGGCCUGUUUUAAUGGUAGAAAGGAAAAUGAAGGUCCUAUUCCAAUGGUGCUCAGUGUGGAAAGCAAGGACUGGUUCGCCAAUCGGAGACAUUGAGGACACUUGUUGCAGCCGAUAGUGCUGAGGGACAUAAAUACUUCCCCAUUGCAAGAAAGGGUUUUUGUUUCCUGCCACGUCCCCUUCCUUGCCUUAAGCUCCACAGUCAGAAAUGCUUCCUCCUCUUCGGGUCCAUUCCUAAAUGCCCCUAAACUCUGUUGUACUUUUUUAAAUCCUUUAACCAGUCUCUAACCAGUUCUGCAUCUUCCAUCUCUGCUUCUUCCAUCCUCGUUGAACAACUGACAUCCUAAGAUACGCGUUUGAACCCUGGCGUCUUUUGUCUCCGAGGGCAAAGGACGCAGGUCUUUGACAGUCUGUUUUUCCCCCCAUGCCACGGCUUAUUACUGCCUUGCUGUUUUUGCUUGUGGCUGGAUUGCCUCCUUGCCCUUCUUUGCAUUCUUCAUAGGCAGAGCCCUUUUUGGCUUCUCUUGCCUUGCCCAAGACGGGCAAGAAGGGGCUCCCUCAAGACGAAGGGGAAGAAAGGACUUUAAUACUUGCCAAUGGGGUCUUUCCCCCACAUUGGGGGCCCCUCCACUUCCUGCCUUGAAAAGUUUGUGCUAAGACAAAACGACAAUAAAAAAGCAAACCACAA